AUGGAGCAGUAUAAAACUCCAGAAGAGCGUGAUAAGGUUCUGGAAAAAGAAAUUCGAUUCUAUGAACAUCAGGUUUUGGACAUCCGUGAACAAAUCACUGGCAUCGAGGCAAGCCUCGUGGAGGAAGAGAAAGAGGAGGGACAGCUUCACCAAAGAAUUAUGGUACAUUUUAUGCUGGGAAAUAAUUUUUUACAUUGUGAUGCACUGAGAGAGGAGAAAAAUGCCCGUGCGAAUAUGGAUGCCGUGAAAGUGGACGUGCAGCAUGCGGAGCAAGACAUUCGACGACUCGUUCCUAAAUCAAUUAUGAAUGGAGUGGACAGCGUGCGCCAUGUGCUGGAUUAUUUUCGCUCUCAGAACGCUAAUGGACAACAUAAUGCUGUUUUGGAGGGCUAUCGUGGCAUUGUGAUUGAACUGUUUCGCUGCGAACAGGCAUUUAUGCAAGCUGUUGAAGUUACUGUUGGUAAUCGCCUGUUUUAUCAUGUCGUUGAUGAUGAUCGUGUUGCAAUGAAAAUUAUGAAAGAGAUAAAUCAGCAGAAAUUGAUGGGUGAAAUAAAUUUUUUCCCAAUAAAUCGUGUAGUUGCAAAGCCGCGAAGAGAACUAGGCACUGAGGUAAUGUUCUCCAACUUUAUUAGGUUACUCUGCGUUAAUUGCUGUGAUCAAAUAAGCAGACGUGGCGAAAUGACCGGCGGAUUUCUGGACAUGAAACGUUCACGUUUAGAACUGUACAAUGCUGUCCAACGAAUGCGACAACAGCUAGCCGAACUAGAAGCAGUUGUAGAAAAAGCAAGUUGCGUCAGUAACGAAAAGGCUGCGAAUGUUGAAAAGCUGCGCCUGGAGUGCGAUGUUUUAGAUCGGGAGAUCCUCACUUUGAAGGAUAAACACAGAACUGCUUCCGAAAAGAAACGUUUCCUGUCACAGCAGCUGCAGCAGAGCAUGAAAAACAGGGAGCCAAAAAUUGCGCAAUGCGUUUAUUUGAAAAAUCGGAUUCGAGAAGUGGAAGCAACGGCAGAAAGUUUAAAUAAGCAGCUUGGAACUCCGUUGAUGUCCCAGUUGAGUGAAGAAGAAAAGCAAAUGCUCAACCAGCUUCAGGAAAAUAUUGGAGAAAAAAAGCUGCGAUUGGAUUCCGUAAAUCGUUCACGAGUGGAGCUGGAAUCGACAAAAUUACGUUUGGAAAAUCAACUAACAACCAAUCUUCAUCGUAAACGUGAAAACUUGCAAUCGAAGAUUCACGAUAUAUCGGUAGACGAGAAACGCAAUCAUUUACAAACGGAAAUGGCAGAAUUGGAAUCCGUUAAUCGCCGUCUGUCCGAAAUUAUUUCUCGUCUGUCAGAACUGGAAUUGCACUUGGCUGAAUACGAUGCGGACAACGAGAAGCUUACGCGAGAAUUGGAGGAAUGUCAGGAGCAGCAAAGAGGUUUGGAAGCGCAAGUGGCGGACUUCUCGAAACAGGUCGAUCUGAUCUGCACUAAACAAUCGGCAAUGCAAGCGAAACGCGAAGAAAUCAAUAAAAAAGUACGAUUUCCAGUUCUUUUUUUAAUCAGUAUUUGA